UGUCAGGUACAAUAACUAUCAUCUGCCUUAACAGAGAAGCUCUCAAGCAACAUCUGGACUUUCCUUUAGCUCGAAUGGCUUCCCUGCUGGCGUCUGAGAUGUACCAUGUGGUAGGAAGUGUAGCCACUUCUCAAAGAUUCAGACUGGCUCAAAUGGUUGAAAGAUGUAUGAGUGUAAUGCAGUCUGGGACUCAAAUGAUCAAACUAAAGAGUGGAACGAAGGGUCUGGUCCGCCUGUUUUACCUGGAUGAACAUCGUACUUGUAUAAGAUGGAGACCCUCCAGGAAAAGUGAGAAAGCUAAAAUUAUAAUUGAUUCAAUUUACAAAGUCACGGAGGGGAAGCAGUCUGAAAUCUUUCAUCGCCAUGCAGAAGGGAACUUUGACCCCACUUGUUGCUUUACCAUUUACCAUGGUAAUCAUAUGGAGUCUCUGGAUCUGAUAACAUCCAACCCCGAGGAAGCCAGGACUUGGAUUACAGGGUUAAAAUACCUGAUGGCUGGUAUAAGUGAUGAAGAUUCUCUAGCAAAAAGGCAAAGGACACAUGAUCAAUGGGUAAAACAGACAUUUGAAGAAGCUGACAAGAACGGAGAUGGCUUGCUGAAUAUAGAAGAGAUCUACCAGCUCAUGCAUAAGCUUAAUGUGAAUUUGCCUCGCAGGAAAGUCAGGCAGAUGUUCCAGGAAGCAGACACUGAUGAAAACCAGGGUACAUUAACCUUUGAAGAGUUCUGCGUGUUCUACAAGAUGAUGUCAUUACGGAGAGAUCUGUACCUCUUGCUUUUAAGUUAUAGUGACAAAAAAGACCAUUUAACAGUGGAUGAAAUAGCCCAGUUUCUCAAAGUGGAGCAAAAGAUGAGUAAUGUGACAACAGAGUACUGCCUUGACGUUAUACAGAAGUUUGAAGUUUCAGAGGAAAACAAGGAACAAAACGUAUUGGGAAUAGAAGGUUUUACCAGCUUCAUGAGAAGUCCUGCAGGUGACAUAUUUAACCCAGUGCAUGGUGAAGUUUACCAGGACAUGGAGCAGCCACUGUGCCACUACUACAUUGCCUCAUCACAUAAUACAUACUUGACAGGGGAUCAGCUGCUGUCUCAGUCUAAGGUAGACAUGUAUGCUUGGGUAUUACAGGACGGAUGUCGGUGCAUAGAAGUUGACUGUUGGGAUGGGCCAGACGGAGAGCCAGUAGUACACCAUGGGUACACACUCACCUCAAAAAUCCCCUUUAAAGAUGUAGUUGAGACAAUCAACAAAUAUGCCUUUGUUAAAAAUGAGUACCCUGUAGUUCUGUCCAUUGAAAACCAUUGUAAUAUUCAGCAACAAAGAAAAAUUGCUCAGUACCUCAAAGAAAUAUUUGGAGAUAAACUUGACCUAUCUUCCGUACCAGUUGGAGAAAACAAACAGCUUCCAAGCCCUCAGAGCCUAAAGGGCAAGAUACUUGUGAAGGGGAAGAAGUUGCCAUAUGACCUGGCAGAGGAUGUGGAAGAAGGAGAAGUGUCUGAUGAAGACAGUGCAGAUGAAAUUGAAGAUGAAUGCAAACUAAGCAAUUGUUUUAGCAAUGGAACAACAGAGCACCAAGUAGAAUCUUUCAUACGGAAAAAACUGGAGUCCUUACUGAAGGAAUCGCAGAUCAGGGACAAAGAGGAUCCUGACAGCUUCACUGUGAGGGCACUGCUGAAGGCAACUCACGAAGGUCUGAAUGUCAAUCUAAAACAGAAUUCAGAUACAAAAGAUAGAGGGAAAUCCAAAAGGUCAUCAAUGGGUAAUAUUGCAAAGCACAAGAGAACCUCGAAAUCCAGGUCAAAAUCUUGCAGCACUGAUGAAGAAGAAGAUUCUUCUCCAAGGGAAUCUGAGAAGAUGCACAGAUUGGGCCGUCGAAGGAAGACAAUGAAAUUAUGUCGAGCCUUGUCUGACUUGGUUGUUUACACAAACUCAGUGGCUGCACAGGAUAUCAUGGAUGACGGCUCCUCAGGAAAUGUUUUAUCUUUCAGUGAGACCAGAGCACAUCAAGUAGUUCAGCAGAAGUCAGAGCAAUUUAUGUUGUAUAAUGAGAACCAGCUUACCAGAAUCUAUCCAUCUGCAUACAGGAUAGACUCCAGUAAUUUUAACCCAGUGCCAUAUUGGAAUGCUGGAAUCCAGCUAGUUGCACUCAAUUACCAAACAGAAGGACGCAUGAUGGAAUUAAAUCGUGCAAAAUUCAAGGUGAAUGGUAACUGUGGCUACGUCCUCAAACCCCAGCAGAUGUGCAAAGGUGUGUUUAACCCUUUUUCUGGAGAUCCUUUACCUGCCAGCCCUAAGAAGCAACUAAUUCUUAAAAUUAUCAGUGGUCAACAGCUUCCCAAACCUCCCGAUUCUAUGCUUGGAGACCGAGGGGAGAUCAUUGAUCCUUAUGUGGAAGUAGAAAUGAUUGGUCUGCCUGUUGAUUGCUGCAAAGAGCAGACUCGAGUGGUGGAUGACAAUGGAUUCAAUCCAGUGUGGGAGGAGACCCUCACAUUUACAAUCCACAUGCCGGAGGUAGCACUCGUGAGGUUCUUAGUAUGGGACCAUGAUCCAAUUGGACGGGAUUUUGUUGGCCAGAGGACUGUUGCCUUCAGCAGUCUUUUGCCUGGAUACCGGCAUGUUUAUUUGGAAGGUUUAACAGAAGCAUCAAUAUUUGUCCAUGUUACAAUAAAUGAGAUUUAUGGAAAGUGGAGUCCUUUAAUCCUCAACCCCAGUUAUACUAUAUUGCACUUUCUAGGAGCCACAAAGAAUAGGCAAUUCAUUGGACUUAAAGGGCUUUUCAAUAAAACUUCAAAGCACAGUUCUGUCGAGAGCAAUGGUCACCUAAGAAAGCGGUCCAUUGGAGACCGGAUAUUGAGGCGUACAGCCAGCGCACCUGCAAAAGGCAGAAAGAAGACCAAAAUGGUGUUUCAAGAGUCCACAGAGAGCAGAGACCUUCCAUGUGAGGUGUCUGGUGCUAAGGAAAAAGAUGCAGUAAUGAGGAGAACCUCCAGAAGUCUGCAGGCAAGGCCUGUCUCAAUGCCAGUGGACAAGUUUGUUCUAGGGGUCUUUGAACCUUCUACAUCAGAGACAUCUAAGGAUACCAAAACAAAUGACAUCACUUCAGUGAUCGAAUCUAAACUUAGAAAUAUCAUGUGGAGUCCUUUAAUCCUCAACCCCAGUUAUACUAUAUUGCACUUUCUAGGAGCCACAAAGAAUAGGCAAUUCAUUGGACUUAAAGGGCUUUUCAAUAAAACUUCAAAGCACAGUUCUGUCGAGAGCAAUGGUCACCUAAGAAAGCGGUCCAUUGGAGACCGGAUAUUGAGGCGUACAGCCAGCGCACCUGCAAAAGGCAGAAAGAAGACCAAAAUGGUGUUUCAAGAGUCCACAGAGAGCAGAGACCUUCCAUGUGAGGUGUCUGGUGCUAAGGAAAAAGAUGCAGUAAUGAGGAGAACCUCCAGAAGUCUGCAGGCAAGGCCUGUCUCAAUGCCAGUGGACAAGUUUGUUCUAGGGGUCUUUGAACCUUCUACAUCAGAGACAUCUAAGGAUACCAAAACAAAUGACAUCACUUCAGGGAAGAAGAAAAGUAAGAGCCAAGGCAAACCACUGAUGGAAGAACCAAUACUUGAAAAUUCCCGGAAUCUUGCAUGUCUUCCUAGAGAUCCAUAUCAGGCUAACACCACAGCCAAUGGAAAUAUUAUACAUAAAAAAUGGCAGAGCUUACACUUAGAUUAUGGAAAACAUAUUGGUGACAAUAUCAGGGAGUUUAAUGAUACUUAUACCAGUGAAUCAGAAAAUGAAAAUGAUGAACUCAAAAGGACAGGUUACAUUGUGGACAAUUCUAAGCCAAAAGUGUUUUCAAAUAUACAACCGGAAGAGGAGUUUUCAACCAAAACAGCAGCAUGCAAUGAAAUAAAGGAAUUUCCAUCUAUUACUAAUUUAUCAAGUACCAUCUGCACUGAUGUCAAUAAUUUACAAACCAAUGCAGCUAUGCUAGAAAAUGAUGUAUCUCAAAUUAUAAAUGAGGUUCCCUCUUUAAAUGAGAGUGAGCUAGGCAGCUCAAUCUCUGCAUUGAUUGGGCAGUUUGAGGCCACUGAUGACAGAGCUAGUUUGACUCAUGUCUCCAGUUUUAAUGGCAUCAAUAGUAAUCUACAGAGUUCUAGAUAUUCACAAAUGAUCACACCUUCCAUUUCAACACCUAAAAAACUUUGUCCUGGUUCAACCCAUGUAGACAGAUUAUUAUACUCCAACAUUGAUACAACUGUUUUUUCUAGCUCUGAGACAACAGAAUAUUCAAUGUACACAAUUAUUAAUGAGGAAAACCUGUCAGCAGAAACGGGUAACAUGUUAAUGGAUGCAAACACUGUGCAAGCAGAACACAGAAUACCAAAUGAAUCAAGAAUUUCUCUGUGCAAACCACCUUAUCCUGAAUUAAAGCCAAAGCCCUCAAAAGUGCUGUACCCUGAGAUAAAGCCUAAGCUUUCAAGGGUUCGGCUAGCAAGCUGGGAAAGUCUACCGAACCGUGAUUCAGUUUGCCAUACAGACAAUCCACACAUUAAAAUUCCUACACUGCCACUCAUAAAUUUCUCCAAUAAUGGUCCAUCUGUUGUUCAAAAGGAAACUCAGGGUGUGUCAUGCAGUUUUCAAGAUAAAGACUUGAAUUAUAGGUCUUCUCCCCUGUUUUACCAAAAUAAUAACAGCCGUGAUAGCCAUUCAAAGAAAAUGUAUCAAGCUCAGAUACUAAAUGCCAAUGUCAGCAAACAGGGUUUUGGUAAUACUUAUGAUAAAGAAAAGCAAAAAGAAUUCAUCCAGUCAAAUCGGUGUAAAGACCUUGACCAAUUCCCAACUCCAGAAGUUUCAAAGGGCCAUCAGUGCGGUGCCCAAAGAGGUAGCUUGCAUAUCCCACACUUACCCAAAAAUCCUAGCCUUUCAACCCAAAGAACUAAUCAAUCUAGUCAAUGCAAAUCAAAGAGUCUUGGAGAUCUGACUUCAGAGGACAUUUCUUGCAAUUUUGACAGCAAGUACAAGCAAAUAAAUAGGGGAUUCCUUUUAUCUGGUAAUGCCGAGGAUACAAAAUGUUUUGCGAAAACUAGACACCAGUCAACAGACACACUGACUGAACAGUUGAGGAAACUGGUGUCUUAUGACCAGGAAGACUGUAAUAAAACAUCAUACUGUGAUGAAGAUGAAUGGGACAAACCUAAACCUCUAGCUCGGAAGCUAUCCUCCAGAAGUCAAAGUAGAGUGAGAAACAUUGCAAACCGUGCCAAGGAAAGACAGGAAGCCAAUAAGUUAAAACAAGUCAACCAAAUUCCAAAUGGUGUCGUUCUUAGGAACAAACCACCAAUCUCCUCUCAGCCUGUAAACAGACAUUCCACUGGCUCUUAUAUAGCAGGAUACUGUAGUAAAUUUAACUUUGAUAGCCUGGAGGGCAGAGGUAUACCAGAGGGUGCAUGUUCUUCUCAAACUUAUGGACACAGUGAUCUGUUUAGUAGAGAUCAUUUUACUUAUCAGACUGAGCCAUGCAAUACUGAUGAACCAGAAGUAUAUUUCCUACUAAGAUUGUAAAUUGUACAUAACUGUCAAUGUAAUGUUGUUUACAAAAUGUUUGAUUAUAAUGGGGACAUUUUAUUAGAAUAUUCCGAAAUCUUAAAUUAUAUAGCGAUAUAACUUUUUCUCCAUUAACGGCUUAGUCUUCCUUUAGUUUUAAAACUGCCAAUAUCAUCAUCAACUCUGUAAAUAUAUUCACGGACUCUUUUUUUCAUUUUGUUUUUAAUUCUAAAGUUAACAUGGGUAUAACAGGGAAAUAAGAGCAUGCAAACAUGACAACGUUCAGUGUAACAUGCAUGUAUAUUAUAAAGCAGCGAACUUAUAAAAUUUGCACAUAUCCGCUAAAUAUAUUGGAAUAAAAUACUGAUUUCCCUAA